AUGGCAGCAGCAUCUCUUAACGAGCUCUCCGGAAUGACGGGCCGACGCUACCGCUUCAAGCAGCUUCUACAAGAGCGACCCCAUAUUGGUCGUGUUUGGACAGCAUCGUACGCACUUGGUUUGCUUUUGAGUACUGUCAAUUGACAUUUCGCUAGAGCUGGGCAAAACACCUUUGUCUUGAAAGACAUCCCGUAUGACAUUUACAGCAACUUCAACGAACGGGUACUUCCACAAUUGAGCAAAGAUUCGGGCACCUUUCUGCGACUACCCCUCGAUACGAUACCAGACGAGCGUAUAUUUGUGUACAAAUAUCUUUCUGACGACUUUUUACAAUUGGUCCGGAAGGACAUUUCGCUCCAAAAUCGCCGAAGCAUUUUGCGAGCUGCUCUCCAUGCUUUGAAAGAGCUGCAUGAGAAAGAUGUUGUCCAUUUAGGUGAAGAAAUUUUCUGCUGUCACUGGAAACAUGUACUGAUCUUCAAUAGACAUCAAGCCCGACAACAUCAUGGUUCAAUGCCGCCAUAACGAUCCGGAGACAAUAGUCGAGCAGGUGCAGCUUACCGAUCUGGAGAACGCAGCCUACUUGCCCCCGGGCAGAUGCAUUAAAGGAAUGCUCGCCGGAAAUGACAACUGGCGCAGUCCCGAGGCACAUUUCAAAGGCGAGCUCAACAAGUUCUCGGACGUGUUCUCCUUCGGUCUUGUUGUAAGUGCUUGUUUCCGCCAAGUUGUAGCUCCUGCUGAUCAUGCCAGUGCAUCUAUGCUGUUCUCGGCCGUGUUGUAUGCGGACCCGACGACGACUUUGCAAAGCACGAGGCCCAAGGAGCUUUACCGGCUAUGAUACGCCUGCAGCGACAGGUCUCCUACUUCGGAGAUCGGGAUGGCCUGAAUGGACUGAUAAAGCAUGUUGGUGAUAAUGAAGUCAACUGUCAAGUUCUCUCAAUGCUUUGGGACGAACGAAAUGAGGACUACAUUCCUUAUAAGCCGUUUGUCGAAUGGCCGGAAGUCCAGGACGAAGCUUUCAGGAAUCUGAUAAAAGGUCUUACGAAUUUGGAUCCUACUCGACGACUGUCUACAUACCAGGCUUUGCAGCAUCCUUGGUUUUCGGAACAAAAUUAA